AUGGCCGGAGGAGGCGGAUACGGCGGUGCAUCGGGUAAAGUCGAUUACGUAUUCAAAGUUGUUCUAAUCGGAGAUUCAGCUGUAGGAAAAUCACAAUUACUUGCUAGAUUCGCUAGAGAUGAAUUCAGUAUGGAUUCUAAAGCUACUAUCGGUGUCGAAUUCCAGACUCGUACUCUCGUUAUUGAACAGAAAAGCGUCAAAGCUCAGAUCUGGGAUACUGCUGGUCAAGAACGAUACAGAGCGGUUACAAGCGCGUAUUACAGAGGAGCAGUUGGUGCGAUGCUGGUUUACGACAUGACUAAACGCGAAACGUUUGAUCAUAUCCCUCGUUGGCUUGAAGAAUUGAGGGCGCAUGCUGAUAAGAACAUUGUCAUUAUCUUGAUUGGAAACAAGUCUGAUUUAGAAGAUCAAAGAGCAAUUCCUACGGAAGACGCGAAAGAGUUUGCGGAGAAAGAAGGGCUUUUUUUCCUCGAGACAUCAGCUUUAAACGCAACUAAUGUCGAAAACUCAUUCAACACUCUUAUGACGGAGAUCUUUAAUACGGUGAACAAGAAGAAUCUCGCAUCUUCCGAGUCGAAUAACCCGGGUUCGUUGGCUGGUAAGAAGAUUGUUAUUCCAGGUCAUGGACAGCAGGAGGUUCCGGCUAAGACCAGCUCGUGUUGCAGUUCUUCUUGA